AAAACGAAAGAAGAAGAAGAAGAAGAAGAAGAAGAAGAACCCUCUGACUGUCAACAAACGUGAAUGGGAGAAAUGUUGCUGAUGUCGUGAAUCCUAAUGUUGAAUCAGAAGUAUUUAUUUCGCCGACUGUGCCAACGGAUUACAUAUUUUCAUAAACAAAAGGUUCUCCCACUUAGAAAUCAUGGUGGGGUCUGAAUUUGUCAUCGUAGGUGCAUGUCAACUGUGAGAGACAUACCCUGUGUCUCAAUUCGUUCCCUAGCUCCCGAGGUCGUAAAUCAGUAUAUCGUGUACACAGGUUCAGCACUGGAUGUCCUCUGCCCAGGCUUGUCAGUCAACUCUUGUACACAGACUUGCCACAUUACUGCGAAAUAAUGGUGAUUCAGUGCUGGAUGGUUCCAGUACCCUCACCCUCCAAGUGGGAUGUUUACAGCAUCUGACACAACUCUUUGAGCAGCACCUUCAUUCACGCACUCAUCAACAUGGUUUCCUGGCUCUGCCGUCCCACCCAGCAGAUACUGCCUCCCUGCUGGAGGUCCAGUUCCUCUUUGACAUGCUGCAGAAAACAGUAUCACUUAAGCUUGUUAAUCCGCCUGGUGUCAAACUACAGUCUGUUGUGAAAAUCUUCCCUUUUAAGUCCCUCAAACACUUAAAGCUAAAGCGUAUUCCUCCCCAUUGUCUAGAGGGUCUGAGAGGAGUGUAUUCUCAGCUUGAAGUUUUUACCUGCUCAAAAAGCGUCAACUCACUAGAGGAGCUCCUCUCUGUGUGUGGAGGAGAUCUCAGUUCUGGUUUACCCUGGUUAGAACUUCAUACCCUUAAUUUCAGUUACAAUUAUAUUUCCUCCCUCGACAAGUCACUAAGGCUGUUAAAUGUCCUAAAGUGGCUUGACUUGAGCCACAACAAGAUCCAAGACUGUGCUGAGUUCUUUAAGCCUCUAACUGAACUCGAGCAUCUGAAUUUGGCCUAUAAUAACCUCCAGAGAUCACCAGUGCUUAGCCUGAGUGCCAAAGCCAAACUCACCACUUUGAUUCUUAGAAACAAUGAGUUGGAAACUAUCAAUGGGGUGGAGCAUUUGUCAUCUCUUCAAGUUCUUGACCUGGCUUAUAAUCUUUUUAUGGAGCAUUCUCAGCUGAUGCCUCUGUCUUUCCUUCAUAAUCUCAAUACCUUAAAUUUGGAAGGAAACCCUUUGUAUUUUCAAAAGACACACAGAGCAUCUGCGGUCCGCUGCUUAUCUCCACAAGCUGCUUUUAAAGAACUCCAGCUAGACGGCUCCCCUCUGUCAUCAUCUGAUCUGGCGAUCUUACGUAAAUUUAGACAAAUGGUUGGACAGACUUCGCAACAAGAUAUGCCACCUGAUCAGGGUAGUUUGGAAGUAUCCAGUGGAGGUGGGGACAUGACUGACAGUGUGACUGCAAGUAUAUCAGGAGUUACCCAAGUCCGUAAAAAAAAACACAGAAACAAAGUGAAAGUAAGGCGAGCCAGCAUUUCAGAACCCAGUGACACAGACCAUGAGCUUAGAACACAGUCUGCUUUACAGGAUAUUGUCCUUCCCCAUCAGAAGGAAAUUGAAAGAAUGGACAGCUUUCGAGAGCAGCUGGGAGAAGACUGGCUACGUUACCAGCAUCACCUAGAUGAUACUUUAGUCCACCCAACUUUCCCAGAUGUGGACAGAGCAACCAGGCAAGUGAAUGCCAACAGUUGCUGUACACCAUCUACUCUGCUUACAACUAACACACCUCCAACAAAUCUGGAGUCCAACCCCCCUCCAUUACUGACCUCUGAACUAAAAAAGCAAGAGGACAACGAAGAGAUGGAGAGCACAGACCUGCAGCCUGACACAGAGUCCACAUUGCAGUGGAUGAGCCACAGUCCCCUGAACACAGAAUCUACUCUUGAGACAAGCCUAGGAAACACACAGGCUCCCUCUGAGGACUGCAUUAAUCCUCCACCACCACAAGAUGAAGACGAUGAUGACAGGGAAGUGGAUUUGUGUAGGCCAGUGUUGGUGGGGCUACUGUCAGAGGAUUUGGAGACAUAUGGGAACACAGUCUCUGAACCACUUUUCCUGCGGGUGCGCCAGGGCUACCUGCUGGAAGUAGACAUGCAUCAGGGGUGUGUUAAUACACGAGUAGAACUAGACAGCUUGCAAAAGGUUGUGGAAACUCAGACCACCUGCACGAUAAAGAACGUGAAAAGAACUCACCCAGGUUUGGAGCUCCACUUCCGGUACAUCAGUCGUGAGAGACAAAAACGUUGUUACAUAAUGCUGGAUGAGAAGCCACAACAAGAACUCCAGAAUAAAGAAACUCAUACAGGUUUAGAACAUCAUGAGAGGGUAUUAGCUGAGGUUCUCUCUCAAAUUGCGUACGAAAACAACCAGCAGAUGUAUGACUACAGACCAGAGACGGUUCGGAUACAGUGCCUGAAAUGUCAGACAGAGUUCUGUCAGCCAACAACUAAGUCAGACAUCAGCUUGCACCACCAAGAUGAACCAAGAAAUGACAGUUGUACCUUCAUCUGCACUGAGUGCAAUAGCGAUCAUGUGGUUCAGUUGGCCAUCCAAUCAGCUCCCUCCACCAGUACUCCUUUUCACUAUCCACUUGAUCAGAAUGGUGAAAGAUACUUCACCUUUGAUGACACGGACACACCUGCCCAUCCUCAGCACAAUAAGCCAUUGGUCCCAGGACAGUCUUUGCUAUCCCAUGUCAGCUCCUUCCAUUCCGCCCAGUCUUCAGAAGUCAUUGGUCUGCAAAAGGGAGAUGCAGAUUUUUUUUACACAGCUCAUGACCUCAUGUCCAGUUCUUUGACAAAUCAGAGUGAUGCACUGGCUGACCAGAGCACCUCUGUACCAAUCACCUUCAACAAAACUGAUGGACAGCUGCAGGGUAGUUCAGAAGGAGGGUUAAAUGAGUGGGUGGCUGAUAGCUCCUAUCAAAAAAAUCAGGACCAACAUUCACCAAAGCACACAGAAAGAUCCAACCAAGCUCAGUUUGACCUGUCAGAGGUAGUGGAUCAUCGACUGCAGCUUUUCCUGGAUGUGGAAGUGUUUGAGAAGGAAGAGGAGUUGUACUGCUUCUUAAAGAUGUCUAUUGUCAAGUUUGGAGAUCCACUGGAGUUCCAUUCCCUAAUGGUUGUGUCCGAUCAGCACAUCUACAUCUUAGAAAUCACCUCACAGUGCCAAGGGCAGCCGUCAGACUGGCUGCAGAAAAGAGAAAGCCAUCUAUUGUCUGAGCUUAGCUAUUUGGAGGUGGGUCUGGGCUUCCAGACCAUUCACCUGGAGUUUGAUGAGGGGGCAGCAGCAUACACUCUGCUAGUGCGGAACAGUGCCCGCUGCAAAUGGUUCUUCGGCAAGCUUACAGACAUUGCAACUGACUUGGCCCCAAAGUCUGAGAGCAAACUGAAGGGCAUCUCCAACACCCGGCUCAACCCACAGCACCACCUCUGGCAUCUAGUCUGUGAGGAAACCCAGCCUUGUGGUGACGAAGACAAUCAUCCACCCUUCCGGUAUUUUCUAGCAUUUCUUCAACAAGAUAGCACUUUGGGCCCUGUUAGUGUUCUAGCCACAAAAGAAAUGCUCUUCCUUCUUGAUGAAGACUACCAAUGGAGAAAGAGCCAACCAGAGGGACAAACAAAUAGCGGAAAGGUGACCGUUCAGGAAACUCAGCCAAUUAGCUGUGUCAGUUCUGUUCAGCUGUUCUCUUCAGAUCCAUGCCGGGUGGACCUCAAACUUUAUGAUGAGAUGGUCAAGAAAGAAAAGACAUGGUCUCUACAUAUUGAAGACUCUACAUUGUUGCAAGACUUAGUGGAGUGGAUAAGAAAUCAGUGGGAAACCAUGUUUGUGGUCAAACUGGCCAUUGUCAAGCAGUAGCCACUGUGUGAGAGAAACCCAUUUAAACAAAGCUGCUUAUAUAUUGUCUGUAUAUUAACUGUAUUUUGUGUAAUUGUUCUGUGUUUUGGUCUGUCUCUUAUUCUGUUAGUCUCCAUGUUAUCUUUCUUUCAUAAAUUCCCUGUCUCCACCAA